CGCUUAGUAGUGGAACAUUCUGUAAUGGAACAUGAAACGCAACGCUCGGAGAAAUUAGAAAGAGAAAGAGAGAGAGCCAACUUCAUCAUACUGCUAUUUAUUUACAGUUUUGCAGAUGGGAAAACCUAUUAAUUUUUCAUUUAUUAUUAUUUUAUAAAUAUGUACGAAAACGAGUUUCAAGUGAGUAUUAACGCUUUGGGGAAAGAAGCGAAAGAAGUCUUAUCUUUGUUGCUGAAUUCGGAGAAGGUAUUUCUUACAAAGGAAAAAGUACCGCGUGACUGGCGAGGCUUAGCUGAGUUAUGUGGUAUAAACGGACAAUACAUUCCAAACUACAAUGGAUGUGAUGAUAAAGUAAAGAGAAUCUUGAAGACCUGGCAGGAAAAGAAAAAAGAAGAGUGUACAAUUGGAAAGUUGCUUUCUUUUUUGGAAAGGUUAGAUAGAUAUGAUGUAGUAGAUGAUAUAAUACCAAUUGUAGAAAAAGACAUAGAAUAUUUCAAGUUGAACCCUGUAGUCUACGUUGAUCCUCCAGAUAGUGAUGAUGAGGAUCUCCUUACUUAUGAAGAUGUUAAAAGGAAAGCAGAACGUAAGCCACUCCGAAUUUAUGAAGCCUUUUUAUUAUUUGAUGACGCAGAUAUUGAUUUCGCCACAAAUAUUGUCAAAACUCUGGAAGGACAGUACAAUAUGAAAUUUUGUGUAAAAGAUAGGGACAUCAGAAUCGGGAAACUAGAGCGACCAGCUGUUAUCAAAAUGAUAACGAGACGGUGCAGAAAAGUUAUUGUUGUGGUGUCUCCUUCGUUUUGGACAAGCGCAUCCAAUAAAUUUUUUUACAACUUAGCGCAAGUGGAUAGUUUAGAAAAUGGCAGUACUAAUAUUAUACCCUGUAUGGAAAAACCAUGCGAAGUUCCAAUUGAAUUCAAGGUUUAUCAUACACUAAUAUUCAGUAGAACCCAACAAUUAUUUGGCAAUUUCUGGGAUCUACUAAACCAAUCAAUCAACCCACCUGUGAUCAGAAAUGAAGUGAAAGCCGUUGAAGAAAAAAGUAUUGAAACUACUCCCAAAAAUAUCAAUCAUGUAAAAUUCGAAGCUCCAAAUGUCGAAACAGAAGACCAUGUAGAUUCUGCCAGAGAGGAAAACAAUUGUACCAUAUCCAGUUCUGCGGAAAUUUGUAUCAACAUUUCAGAAGAGAACAGUAAAAGUGAAAAGGGCCAAGUAAUUGAAAAGAAAAAUGUGUUUUCCAAAAUCUUUAAGAAAAUAAGGAGAAAAAGUGCCAAAAAACAAGCAGUUCUAGAAAAUUGAACAGACCUGAAUUUUGUGAAGGGUGAGUCAUAAAGUGAUCAGCAAACUCCCUGAGAUAAAUAUUUCUGUUAUGAAAAGAGGGGCUGUGAAUAUAUGUCCUAAAAUACUUUUUAGACAUAAACAUUCAGGUAAAACUCGAUUAAAUUUGAAAGCCAUAUAAUAAUAAUAAAGCCAAACCUGAGAAGGCUGAAUCAUUUUUUAUAUUUUUUGAGUACAUUACUGAGAUUAGGGGCCAUUCAAGUAUUACGAAAGCACUAUAGGCGAACAGGGGUUCUUUGCUUUCCUUACUUUUGCUAACAAGGGGGAUGGGGGGUAAAUAAUUGUAAUGAAUAUGCUUAUGUGAUACUUGAACGGCCCCUUACUGCACCAAAGUCCGUCCUAGUUUCAAUUAGCCUUCUUAAUAAUAAUCGUGCACCCAUUUCCUUGAAUCAGAUAGGAACCGAAGUCAAUUUUUUCGUUACAAACAAAUGAGGAAAAUAAAGAGUUUACCAUAAAAAUAUAAAUCUUAUCGAAAAUUGGUUCCUAUUCGGCUGCCGGCAACCGAAUUUUAUUUCUUGAUUUGAUGUGAGUUGCAUUGAUGAAUUAGUCUGACUUCCUAUGCUUAAAAUGGCACGUUAGAAGGUACGAUCUCAUUGAUCUUUAGCUCACACAAGUUUCAUCUUCUGAGGAUUAACAUUCCUAUGAUCGAGAUGACAGCUGGUUAAUGAAAAAACCCAUUUAAUUUUAUUUUUUUAGUAUAAACUUCAUCAAAUUGAGGAAUAUGAGCUUGGAGUUUGCUAUCAUUACUUUGACUUGUCCUAUUUAAUAUAAUAUAUUCUUUAAGGUGCUGAAAAUAUCAGAAAAAGUUUUUUCAUACAUAAAUUGUCAAUACUGCCAGUACUGUAAAGGAUUCAACUGUACCACAAUUAAUGAGAUUUAUUUCGGUUUUUCUAAUUUUACAGGACGCUAUACUGUAUGUCCAAGAAAAGAAGGACCAGAGUGGGAAAAUCAGAAACCAUGACUGAUACAAAGUCGGGUAAAUUAGAAAGAAAUUGCCUAUUUUAGAGCUCAUUUAAAUGACAUUUUACAAUUUUAGAAAAUUCCAAUUACCUCCGAAUUUCUUUUUUUAUUGACGUUAUCUAAGGAGAUAUUGAAAAACAAAAACAUUUCCUCAUAACCACUUACCAAGCUGUACAAGAAGACUUUAACAGAAACAUAAUCCGUCGUUUUAUCUCCGAGAUACCAAUUUUAAAACUUCAUUAAAAUAAACUCUAACGGAUUACUUUCUUCUUAUUCAACCGACUUUAUAACCCUUAUAGUUUCUGAUUUUCCCAUACUGGCACUCCUUUCUUUGACAUAGUAUAAAAUAGUUUCACAUCACAAGCUAAAGGAAGUGAUACUAAACAGUUGGCUCAUUAUUUUGAAUUUAUUCGGUAGAAAAACCUUUUACUUUUAAGCUAGUCAUUUAUAAUAAAUAUUAUCUCUUAGAAUAUCUAGUAUAUACGAAUUUUACUUCCGUUAAAUUUAUAGAGUGCUGAAAAUAUGGAGGUAAUUUAUAUAGGGAAAAUGUUUCAGCAAGGAGCUCAGAUUGGGGAAAAGAAAACAAAGCAAUCAAUUUGAAGAAAUCUUAUUCAUUUUUUAAACAUUCCUGACUGCAAUAAGUUUAUCGUUGGGACUCCGCAAAGAAGAGGCAUAACUUAUUCGGGAAUUUUUCAGUUAGUAAAUUUAUUCAUCAAUGAAGAAUUACACACAUACAGUUUAUAUAGAUGGAAAACCUUAUUAAAUUGAUCAUAAUAAAACGACAAAGAAAUUUGAGAUUCUCAGUUCAAAAUACAUAUACCAUAGGCAAGAGUAGUAACAGGCUCAUUUAAAAAGUCAUUAUGUUAAAUUUAGUGACGAGGGUCCAACUGUGUGAGCCUUAUUGAAAAUUAGUUAAUAAUUUUAGCCCUUAUAUAUCCAAUCACCACUGUAGGUAAUAACAGAGGCAUUUAACUCAGUUUAUUGCAUUAGUUUGAAAAUGUCCUUAUAGGACGAAUCUGCAGUAACAUU